GAGACGACCAGCAGCUAAAAAUCAACGGAGAUUUACCAAUUUGUAGACAGAAAUACAAUUGAGAACUUCUCUCCCUCGUCUAAAUUAGGACGGCAUGCGCUUAAGUAAAAAGUUUUGUCGCUUCUUCCCAAAGGCAAAACGGAUGUUUCUAUUUCCUGACUCCUCUAAUAGGGAACUGAAGAUGAAACAUGACAGCAGAAAGAAAGUGCAAGAAUCAACAUCCAGUUUUCAAUGACAUCGUCUCUUGUAGCUUCCUUUUUCUUGUUGUGGGUUUGUUAUACUGCUUUUUGGUAUUUUGUUGGUUGUUGUUGUUGUUGUUGUUGUAGUUUUCUUUCUUUUUUCUUUGCCAUCUUCAGGUAGUGUAACAAGAGAGCUUUCUCGUAAUCCAGCAGCUCUCCUCAAAGCUGUUUGAAGCCAGUGUUUAGACUAUUUAUUUGUCAUUACUUCAUACCUCGUUGUGGUGGAAAGGUCAAAAUAACCUCAACGCUCCUACUCUAGAUUACAUAACUUGUAUCAGCAUAUUCUUCUUUUUUCUGUUAUAUUUUCUCUACUCAGCACUAAUCACUGAAAAGAAUGAGCUUCGUGAUUGAUAGGAUAAGUUGUGAAUGUUUAAAAGUGAAACAGGGUGGACUUACAACUGUGACCAUCCGAGAAAACGAAUCCACUUCGUUGGAGAAAUUUUUAAAAGAUAAUGCAUUGAUGUGUUACGUUGCAUUAUAAUAUCAUUAAAUUUUGAACUGGGUGGCUCGAUUAGAAACGAUUAGUGAAAUACAUUUGGUCUUAUUUGGUAUCCUGUCGAGUUCAAGUUCGUUUGUAUGUUACACAUCUUUUGAUACCGCCGUGAAAUUUCGUUUUGGGAAACGAUCGGAUGCUGUGGACAUACAUAGUGCUUCUAUUCCGUGUUGUCAGGUGCUUUUCAAUUAAUAACUCUUAAAAGCUCUCAAUCGUUAAUCUCUUGAAGGACCUCAAUUAUCCAAAGGUUUUUCCUUUCAGACUCUCUGGUAGUUUCUCUUUAAUGGUUAAAAGGAAUCUACAGGAACUGAAAGUUCCUCUUACAUAAUUGCGGAAGAUGUUUCUCGGCCCAUUUUCGAAGUGCCUCUUUAAUAAUUGCUCUCUCGCUUCCGCAGCGAAUUAUGAGAGAAAUUACGUGGUUUUGGACGUCGAGUCUUAAGGAUUGAUUACUGUUGUCUACUUCCAUACAACGGGAUUAAGCGAACAAUGUGCUCUGACGCAAAGCGAUAGCCUCCCUUACAGGGGGUGCCAAAAUGCAUAAUUGAGCGUUUGAAAAUCCGCUAGGGAUCUGCAAAGCUAAUUUAGAUUCACUUAACACAGACUUAAAGUACAGAGCGUAAAUUGAUUCCCAACUUUCAAACUAUACUUAUAGAUCUUCAUGUGAACGACCACGCGAAGAAAACAUUGUGUGCGAUUGAAGCAAUUUGCGGUUUGUUAAAAGACGACUAAUGUGCGAACUCGCCUUUCAGCCAUUAUUGAACUAUUUUUAUGUGUAAACAGCGAAACAAAGACUGUUCUUAAAAUGUAUACAUUGCUUUAGGUUGAAUUAAAAUAUUUAAUUACUUGCUUUCUUCCCUCCCCGCUUGGAAACUCAUAAACAGGUUAAUUCCAGCUGAAAAUAGAUCUGUGGAAAAGUUUGAAAACCUUGCGUCUUAGUUGCUUUAUCAGUUUCUACAAAACAAAGAAAAAUUUGUACGAAGUUUUCUUUUCGUCAAAGUAAACACACAGUAGUUAAUUAGUUUGCAUUCAGAAUUGAUCUUAUCCAAAGUAGAAAUGAAUAUUUAUGAUUCAUUUGUUUAUUGUUUCUGACCAAUCGUAGCUUUUCUAAGAGCCGUAUUUGUUAGCUACGGACACAAAGGCAGAUAACAUUCAAAGACAUGGAAAAUUACUAAAUGAUGGCGCUAACCUUUUAGCAAAUUUGGUGGAGUAGAUUCUUGUUAAGGUUACCAAAAAGGGUGUUCCGCUCGUGGAGCUGUUGUGUUUGUGAUCCUGUCACUGUGGUUUGGUUUGGUAAUUAACGGUUCGAAGAAUUAAAAGGAUCCUUGCAUGCACUAGACAACAAAACACGAAGCCGGGAAGCGAUGCGAAACUUCGUCGAGUUAACUGAACGAUUAAACAACAUUUAACGACAACUUCGAGUUCUGAUGCAAGUUCAUGAUUACAUCUGAAUUCCUUAGCAAGGGCGCUCAUCGAUCUCUAAAUAUCCAACCAAAGUUGUUUGUCUUCGUGAAUUGACGAAAUCACGGAUUUCUUUUGAAAUUUUGAGCAUAAUAGAUUUCACCAUGACUACACUGGAGGAGAGCAGACCGGUGAGUCCAAGGCUUGAUGACUUCUCAGAAAACAUUACUCAAGCAAAGCAAGAAAUGGUUUUGCGUUUUGUUAAAGAUCAAGAGGUUCUUCAAACUUCGCAAGUGGAUUUGAAAAUCGUAGACGAUGAAAUCUUAGACUUAAUAGAUUCAGCGCUUGUUGUCAAGGGAUCAGGGGAGGAAAGCAAACUAACAGUUUCAGACGAAAAUCCAAAGCUUGAAAGAGCCAGCUAUCGACCCAUGUCUAGAGAACUAUCCUCACUAGACUCGGACGUUGAUAACGCGAGUAAUCUUCCAGAGGCCGUCAUUGUGCCCCGGCCACCGUCGGGUCGCCCUCGCUCACGAAGUACAAGUGUUCGGAGAAGAUCGGUGUCGAGCUUACGACGACAAUAUUCUGUAGAUUCUAUGUAUUCGGGUAAGGACGUUUCAUCAAAAGAUGAUAUAAAAGAGCCUUGCAGCUCCAGGGAAAGGACAGAUUUAAAUUCCCCUCCUAUCAGUGAAGAGGGAGCUAGUUUUGGAGGUAACGUGAACGCUUCUUGGCCCCAGCAGUGCCCCCCCAGAAAACUGUUCCUCCCGUUUCGAGAUCAUUCGGUUUUCGCCACCAAAGAGACUCAGUAUCACUACAACAGUCCUUUGGAGAACUUUUCCGGAAUCGAUAAUCACCCUCAAGCUUUCCGACCUCGAUCGAGCCAAACUUUUCAACGUGUGCGGCCAGCAGAGGUCAUUUCCGCCAGAAUAUCAUCGGCCGGUGAAUGUGAACGGAUCAGUUGUGACCCGUCCUCGCUUGCAAACCCUCUGUCUUACGCUAAAAAUGUUCGUAAAGGUUCAAGACGAAGGACUUAUAUCAAUUUUAACAGACUGGACGCUCAGUUAGCGUUUGAGGGGCCAUUAGAGCUGGAACAAGUGCACCCAUCUGAGUUACCGCUUUACAGAAGUAGCUCGGCGGCGUCCUCCACAGCGCCCUACACCAUGGUACAUGUUCCUCCCAUUGGACGCGAGGGACCGGCUCCUUCCAGCAGUUAAAACGGAUUAAGUAAAACACAAGCCGUAAAGCAGGAAAUUCUAACGUGUGGACACCUUUUCCUCCAUGAAAAACUCUACUUAGCAGUAUUGUAACACAGAUACUAUGAGAUAAUUCAUGGUGCUUGGCAUUAAAUGACACUAGUCUUCUCCAGUGACAAGGCUUACUUGAAUAACACCUUGGCUUAGACUGUUUUAACUUAGACUGUUUUAACUUAUAAAGGAACAGUAUGAUCUUUGUACAUAAUUUGUAAAAUGCGUAUUUAUUUUCAAUCCCGUAAAAUGUCGGUUAUGAUUUCUAAAAGAAGUUAUAAACUUUCAGGAAAGCGAAUUCACCACACAUCAUUUUUCUUUCCUAUACAUAUAUAUAUUUUUUUGUUUAAAUCUGAUAUAUUGUUUUACCGUCUUAAUCUUGUGUUUAGUAGAUUAAAUAGUUUAAGGUCACAAUGCGGGCCAAUUACAAAGGAGUGGCUGGCUUCAUCUAAACCACCUGAACAAAUUUGUACAAC